AUGCAACAUAGUCGAUCUAUAGUUGCUCUUUUGAGUUUUAUUAUCGUAAGUUUCUUAUGUGUAAGUCAAAUUGAAUCAACACCAUUAGAUGAUUAUGUUCAUGCACCUGAUCCAAAUUAUGGAUGGAUAGUAAUUCGUACUUAUGAACAACCGGAUUAUGUUUUAUAUAUUCUUAAUUUUACAUCACAAAAAUGGUUAGAUGAAACUGUUACUGAUCAUCCUAUUUGGUGGCAUUAUUUAUGUAUUUCAGUACCACAUAAAUUAACACGACCUAAUAGUGCAUUUAUGAUAAUCGAUGGUGGUCAUAAUACUGAUGGAAUACCUAAACCACAAGAUAAUCUACUUGCUUUAACAUCAAUGUUCGCAGUUAGUACUGGAAGUAUAGGUAUUCAUUUACAAGAUGUACCUAAUCAAGCAUUUCGUUUUUGGGCCGAUCCAUCAAAUCGAACUCGUAGUGAAGAUGGUCUUAUUGCAUGGACGUGGAAAGUAUUUCUUGAAAAUCCAAAUAAUCCUUACAUACUUCUUCGUAUGCCAAUGACUAAAGCAUCAGUUCGUGCUAUGGAUGCUGUUCAAGAAUUUGCAGGAAAAUUAGGUGUUGCUGUUCCAAAAACAUUCGUUAUUGGUGGUGCUUCGAAACGUGGAUGGGCGACUUGGACAACAGCUGCCGUCGAUAAUGUACGUGUAGUUGCAGCAGUACCCAUUGUAAUGGAUAUUCUUAAUCUUCAAAAAAAUAUGCAUCAUCAUUUCCGAUCUUUAAAUGGAUGGACUUUUGCAUUUAAUGAUUAUUAUGCAUUAAAUAUAACACUAAAUGUUGAUGAUCCAAAUUUAAAUAAAAUGGGAGAUAUUAUCGAUCCAUAUAAAUAUUUUGAUCGAUAUAAAAAUAUGAAAAUAUUACAAAUUCAAACAGGUGGUGAUGAAUUUUUUCUACCUGAUAAUGAAGAUGCGUUCUGGGGUGAUUUACAAACAGCUACAGGUGGUUCAUUUAUAAGACGAUUACCAAAUGCUGAACAUUCAUGUGCCGGUCAUGAAAUUAGUCUUUUUUUUACAAUGCGAAGUUUCUAUUUGAGUAUUUAUGAUAAUCGACCAUUACCUUCAUUUAAAUGGACAAAAACAUCAAACAAUACACAUGGUUAUAUUCAAGCUACAGUUGAUUUCAGUGUUGGUCCAAAACCAAUUAGUGUUCUUAGUUAUCAUGCUCGUACACUCAAUGAUAAACGUCGUGAUUUUCGUCUUGUUAUCGGUGAUCCAAAUCAUCCAGGUAAAGCUAUUGCUAAUCCCGUUGUUUGGUUAAAAGGAGAUGUGGUCAUUGAGGCACAAACACCAACAACUAUUGUUUAUUCAGUAACUAUUGCAAAUCCAAUGAGUGGUUGGGAAGCUUUUUUUAUUCAAGCUAAUUUUCCUGGUCCAGAUGGUACAGCACUUGAACUUACAACUAACACACAAAUUAUUCCAGAUACAUAUCCAACAGGUGAUUGUUCUGGUGCAAGUUGUCGUGGUACACUUGUUUGA